CCGGAGUCUUUCUCACUAACCCAGCAGCCAGCAGCGUGCUGUAACAACAAUUAUAUGACAGACGGUCUCACGCAGGAUUGUUAGUGUGGCUGGUUGUACGCAUUGUGGUUUAAUUCUGGUAGAAUCUAUAUAGGUUUUUCUUGGUGUUUCAGAGAGUUAACGAAUGCAGUGCGAGAUAUCUUUAGAAAAUUUGAAUAUGACCAAUAAGUGAAUUGAAACGAAACAGAAAAAUACAGAGAAAACAGGGCAGAGAAAUGGAAGGGGACAGCACUUCAGCCAAAAGUCAAAAGGGAGAAAACUCCUUCAUACUGGCUAGGAGUCAGGACAGUGAAACCCAGAAUUCCACCGGAGAUUCAGGGAGAAAUAAGUCUGAAGCUUCUGAGAUGAGUUAUACCAGUAUGGCGAGUGACACCAAACAGCUAGUUGAAUUGGAGCGCAAGGAUGACAUUCUUCGAGGGGGCAUUCCGAUGACUAGCUUUAACUUCAUUAACUCCAUCAUUGGGUCAGGAAUAAUUGGGAUACCAUAUGCUCUAAAACAAGCUGGAUUUGGUCUAGGCAUUAUACUGUUAAUCCUCACAGCAGUAAUUAAUGAUUACUCUAUUUUAUAUCUGGUGGAAGCCGGAAGAUUAUCCAAUACAGACAGCUACCAGGAUAUGAUACUGGUUGCAUACGGUCGCCCAGGAUUCUAUAUAUUAACAUUACUACAGUUCCUUUAUCCUCUAAUAGCCAUGAUUAGUUAUAACGUCAUCAUAGGAGAUACCAUUACAAAGAUUAUAGUCAGAAUUGGUGGAGCAGCUAAUCUCGCUGGGACGGUGCUGGGGAGCCGACAUUUCAUAAUUUUCCUUGCUACUUUAAUGGUCACACUACCAUUGUCACUAUAUAGAAAUAUAGCCCAGCUCAGUAAGUGGGCCUUUCUGUCUAUCAUCUUAGUCUUUUUUAUUCUGGUGACAGUGUGUAUAAGAACUGGAGAAUUUGUCCGUCAAAUACCAGCAACAGAUGAUGCAUGGUAUUUUGCUAAUUAUAAUAUAGCACAGGCAAUUGGUAUAAUGGCUUUUGCCUACAUGUGCCACCAUAACACUUUUCUCAUUCACGGUUCACUGGAGAAUCCUACUCACCAGCGCUGGAGCAUGGUAACACACCUCAGCAUUGGUUUCUCUAUGACCCUCAUGUUGAUACUGGGAGUGCUGGGAUACGUGUCCUUCACGGGUCACACACAAGGUGACCUCUUAGAGAAUUACUGCCAUGAAGAUGAUCUGAUGAAUGUCUCCAGAUUUAUGUUUGCUUUCAGUAUCAUGCUGACAUAUCCUAUUGAAUGUUUUGUGACAAGGGAGGUUAUAGAGAAUGCUUUUUUCCCUUCCAAGGAGCCCUCUCCAACAUGGCGUCAUAUUGCUGUUACCAUUGUUGUUGUCAUAAUAACAGUUGGUGUCUCCAUGACAACAGAUUGUCUUGGCAUUGUGUUGACCUUUAAUGGAGUUAUGGUAGCAUCCCCAUUGGCAUUCAUCAUCCCCCCUAUUUGUAUGAUGAAGUUAAGCCAGGAGCCCAUUUUGUCAAAGAAGAAUGUUCUACCCAUCCUUAUUACAACAUUUGGAACCCUUGUAACAUUAUUUGGUAUUAUUGUAGCCAUUAUAAACAUAUCGGAAGGAAUGUCUUGUAGCCAUGGAAAAGAGAUGGCCUACUGUGCAGACGUUGCUGCUUUGACUUUAAACAAUGCAUCCACCACUCAGACAGUUCCAUUUACAACUAUAAGUUCUAAUCCGAUUGGCUGACCAAUCAUUGUGCUUCAUUUUUCUAUUCCUACUCCAAUUGCUGACCAAUCACUGUGCUUCAUUACAGUCAUUUCAAUCAUUUGAAAUGAAAUGACAAAUCUUGUUUAUAUGAUUUAUAAGACAGUUUGAAAAGCAAACCUCAUAUUUUAUGUUUUAAACUUCACAUCUGACAAGAAAUCAUGUUUCUUGGUUUUCAGUUAAUUAUUUAGUUAACUCUUUUAAUAAAUGAGGGGCAAAAUUUUGAAAAAUUUAAAUCCAAAUACUUAUAUCUUUGAUUAUGCUUAUUACAACAUUAUAAAUAAAUUAUUUAAUAAGAAAACUUCCUUUAUUUAAUACUAAGUAUCCUUAUGCUGCUGAAAUCUUAGAUAUGAACAAAACUAAUGAAAACAGCUAACACAAAUGAGCAGUGUCUAGCCUAUUGUGAAUCUUCAUGUAUGCCUGUUACAAGCAUUUAAUUUUUUGAUUAAGUAAUAUGUAUAUCCAUGUGAAGACCAUGUUCAUUCAGUUUAAUUCACAUGCUUUAAAUUUAUGAUGUCAUUAUUGGUAGUUCAGGAUCAUAGAUCUAUGUCAUUGGCUGAAAAAUGCUAUGUUAAACAUGUAUUUGUAUUUGUAAUUGUAUACAUUAUUAUGUGAAACUGUUGGUGUUCAAUUAUUUAUUUUCUUACUUAUUGCAUAAUAAUUGUUUAAGAGUUCAGGUAUUUUAUUUGAAUGUAUAAACAAGGUAUAUUACAGUGAAUAGGUUUAUUUUCCUAUUAUUAAAGUCCCUAAACAUUCUACUACCCCUUUUGCUUUGGUUCUCGUUUGUUCAGACUCUUACUAUGUUAUAUAUUUAGAAUGUGCUUUCUGUUCCCUGUCUGCUCUUUGUUUUCACUCACUGUUUGCUCAGCAAAUUCUUUGUUUGCUCAUUUCCUCUGAAUUCAUUAACCUUUGUGACUGAAAACACAUUUCAAUGAUUUAGUUGUUGCAGUCAACAUUUAAAAUUUUUAAAAUGACCACCGUUGCCAUAGAAACAGACAAAAAGUGAAAAUUUUAUCAGUAACUGCCUAUUCAAUACCUUUGAAAGUAAUUGUAUAACAACAUUAAUUUCAGAAAUACAGGGAAUAAACUAGCUAGUAAUAGCUAGUAUUUAUAUCAAACACCUUCAGCAUUUGGUCAACCAUUUGUUCUUCAUUUAAUCACCACUCAGCAUAACCCCUUUUUUUUCCUGAUCACUCCUCUUUCUCAUUUCCUCCUCUGUUCAGUCAUUUCCUCCUCUGUUCAGUCAUUUCCUCCCCUGUUCAGUCAUUUCCUUCUCUGUUCCAUCACUUCCUCCUCUGUUCAGUCAUUUCAUUCUCUGUUCACUCACUUCUUUCCCUGUUCAGUCAUUUCCUUCCCUGUUCAGUCAUUUCCUUCCCUGUUCAGUCACUUCCUCCUCUGUUCAGUCACUUCCUUCUCUGUUCUGUCACUUCCUCCUCUGUUCAGUCACUUCCUUCUCUGUUCUGUCACUUCCUCCUCUGUUCAGUCACUUCCUCCCCUGUUCAGUCAUUUCCUUCUCUGUUCAGUCAUUUCCUUCUCUGUUUCAUCACUUCUUCCUCUGUUCAGUCAUUUCCUUCUCUGUUCCAUCACUUCCUCCUCUGUUCAGUCAUUUCCUUCCCUGUUCAGUCAUUUCCUCCCCUGUUCAGUCAUUUCCUUCUCUGUUCCAUCACUUCCUCCCCUGUUCAGUCAUUUCCUUCUCUGUUCCAUCACUUCCUCCUCUGUUCAGUCAUUUCCUUCUCUGUUUCAUCACUUCCUCCUCUGUUCAGUCACUUCCUCCUCUGUUCAGUCACUUCCUUCCCUGUUCAGUCAAUUCCUUCUCUUUUUGUUCACAUGUCACACAACAUUCUAAAAUCGGGGGUUUUAGUAGAACAUUUUGGGGAUUGCACAUGUGUAUCAGUAAGUUUACCCUGGGGCUUUCAUUUCCAUGUAAUCAUUUGCAUUUAAUAUCUUCAAUCUGCUUUACUAACUGGGAUUUUGUCUAUUAAUCAAAGCUGGAUUUUGUGUCAUAUUUAUCAAUUUUAUUUACAUCAAAAAUUGAAAUUUAACAGCAAGUGCUGUCAUUUGACUUAAUUGUGUAUUUUCAUCAGUGAUGAAGAGUAAUCUUGGAAAAUUGCUUUAUUUUAUUGAAUUUGUCCAGCAUAUUUUUUAAUAUUCUCUUUUAAAACUUUUGUGAAUGUAUUUGAAAUCACAUACAAAAACCAUAUUAUAAUUGAAUGUUUUGCUUGUUUUUGGCUUGAUGAAUUAAGUUGACAAAUGAUUCUAAUGAUUCUACUAAUCAGAAAAGAAACUUUUACAAGUACUGUCAAUUGAAGAUUUUUGGAAAAUAAUCGUAACGAUUCUAAAUAUUUAAGUUAGAUACAAUUGGUUAUCACUAAGGUUUUGAAAAUUAAAAGAA